AUGAAAGGGAAAGGUGAAGACAAAAGGGGAAAGAGAAAGGGGAAAGAGAAAGGAAAAACCGAAAUGGAGCGGGUGAACAUUUCGAAGAUUCGAUGGCUCCUUGGACAUACCGGAGUUCAAUAUUUCGAAGGUUUGGUGGUUCUUGUUCUUGAAUGUAUGGAAUUUAACAUUUCGAAGUUUUCACUGGCUUCUACUUCAGCAUCGGACAUUUGA